UGACUUAUUGGCCGAAGGACCUAGACUUCCCGUGUGCUGUUAUUUUGUUGUUUUCAAAAAUUAAAAGAUCAGGUACCCACCAUACAAGCUUAGGAUCAGAAGCUCAGAACAUGGGGCAGAGUGGGAAUGAAUAAUCAUCAUAACUUUCUUUCGUGACACUUUCCAGUUUUACACUGUACACAGCACCCUAAGUUUUUCUUUUAUCCAGUUAAGCUCUAUCUGAUCUUUGAAGAAAAGGGUAUUUUCAAAAACCUCAGAAUUUCACCCAUUCUUGAAAAUGGAAGAAAACUUUGUGGUAAGAAGAGGAAAGGCCACAGAAAAUGCAGAGUUCCAAGAAGAGGAAGUAGUUUGGGCCUCUUCAAAGGAUGGGGAUAGGAAUAUGGAUAAUUCCUCAUCAUCAGGAGUGAAGAAGAUGAAUAUGAAGAUGAGGAAACCUUCUCCAUCUUCUUCUUCUUCAUCUUCUUCUGUAUGGCCUUUACCAAGAAGGCUGACACAGAGAAAGAACUGCAGGGUAGAUGAUCAUAAGUCAACAUCUCCUAUGAAAAUUCCAGACUGGUCCUCAAAGAUUUACCAGGAGGGGAAUGAAGAAGAUGGAGAAGAAGAAGAUGAAGGGAUGGUCCCACCACAUGAAUACAUAGCUAGGAGGCUUGCAAGAACACAAAUUGCUUCUUUCUCAAUGUGUGAAGGUAUUGGAAGGACUCUGAAAGGAAGAGAUCUGAGCAAAGUGAGGAAUGCCAUCUUAACCAAGACUGGGUUCUUGGAAGGGUAGAUUUACAUUUACCGCUCCAAGUAAAUCCAUGGGCUGGUACGGUGCAGAGUGACGUCAUUAUCUUCUAGAUGGCCUGGUUUUUUUGUUAUUGUUACACGGAGAUUAUUUCUUGGGCAGCUGUUCUAGAGUACGUCUGAUGUCACGGGCAGCUAGGUCGGCCUGGCUGGCAGACAGAACGCUUGAGCUCCUCGUGCGACAGGCUUCCGCUGGGCUGGGAGGCAGGCCGUUGGCCGGGCUGGAAGGUAGGCUCCUUGCCGGGCUGGAAGGGAGGCCGUUGGCCAGGCUGGAAGGCAAGCUCCUGACUGGGCUGGAAGGCAGGCUCCUGACUGAGCUGGAAGGCAGGCUCCUGGCCGGGCUGGAAGGCAGGCUCCCCCGCUGGACUGGACGACAGGCUCUCUUGGGCUUCCGCUCCUUGAUUGGCCUGAUCGGUUGGACCGACUCGAGCUCUGGGUUGCUGGGCUUGGGCCUACUGGUCCAAGUUCGGGGCCUGGGCCGAUUAGGCUCUGGGCCUAGUCCCAUAACCCCAUUAGUCGGUUUAGUGAUCAACAAUUAGCGCAGAUUCUUUGGAUGUGCCCGAUUCAAAGCCUGAUUGUAGGAUUUUUAUUGUUGAAUCUAAAUAGUGUCUUUUGCUAGAAGAUAGAUGAUAUAGAUUGAGUUAUUCACUAAUUGUAAUUCUUGUUUUGAUCGUUUUUUAAUACUCCAUAUAUGUUUUAUUAUCCUUAAAAAAAUUGCAAAAGGUGUUCAUUGCUAUUUUGGGA